CCCAGCCCAGUGAGGGUGUCUGUGUCACACCAGCCCUCCCCAACCCCAUCCGGUCCUGGGGGAUGAAAGGGAGAAGGGGAAGAAUCGGGGUUUUCCCUGCCAGGAAGGAUAGUGCAAUAAACGGUGCCUGACAGCCCAGAAACCCCCUGCACAUCACUGUCCAACCUGCCCCUGGCUGGGGAUCUUGCUGUCCCCCUGGCACUGCUGCUAACAGAGAGGGGCUGGGGCUGGGGCUGGCAGUUCCCUCCCCAGAGCAGAAGAAACAUCCCGUGUGCGAAAUGCACCCGUGCAGGCAGCACCGGGCUUCCUAGCACCGCGCUAAAGGGGACCGGGAGUGCAAUUGGGAAACGCUGGUUUCAAACGGGAACUCUUUGCUCUGAUCUGCUGCCUCUUCCCAGGCCGGUUUCAGCUUUAGGAAACUCUGGGCUUUCACCGGUCCUGGCUUCCUCAUGAGCAUCGCUUACCUGGACCCGGGCAACGUGGAGUCAGACCUGCAAUGCGGGGCUGUGGCGGGGUUCAAGCUGCUGUGGGUGCUGCUGUGGGCCACCAUCCUGGGGCUGCUGUGCCAGCGCCUGGCCAUCCGGCUGGGAGUGGUGACUGGGAAGGACCUGGGUGAGAUCUGCUACCUCUAUUACCCCAAGGUGCCCCGUGUACUGCUGUGGCUCAUGAUCGAGAUUGCCAUCAUUGGCUCUGACAUGCAGGAGGUGAUCGGAACAGCCAUUGCCUUCAGCCUGCUCUCAGCCGGCCGCAUCCCCCUCUGGGGUGGGGUCCUCAUCACCAUCGUGGACACCCUCUUCUUCCUCUUCCUCGACAAAUACGGUGGGUGCCGGGCAGGGGGGAUGAGGGGAUGCUCACCCACGCAGCCCUGGUGCCCAUGCGGCACUGGUGUGCCUGGCUCUGUCCCACCACAUCUCUCAACCCCUCCAGGGCUCCGCAAACUGGAGGCUUUCUUUGGCCUCCUCAUCACCAUCAUGGCCCUGACUUUUGGCUACGAGUACGUGAUGGUGAGGCCAGGGCAGGUGGAGGUCCUGAAAGGCAUUUUCCUGCCCUACUGCCCGGGCUGCGGGCGAGAGGAACUGCUCCAGGCUGUGGGCAUCGUUGGCGCCAUCAUUAUGCCCCAUAACAUCUUCCUCCACUCCUCCCUGGUCAAGACACGGGACAUUGACCGGUCCAAGAAGGAGGCAGUGCAAGAGGCCAACAUGUAUUUCCUGACUGAAUCCUGUCUGGCGCUCUUCAUCUCCUUUCUUAUCAACCUCUUUGUCAUGGCUGUUUUUGGUGAGGCUUUCUACCACCAGCGGAACGAGGAUGUGCACAACAAGUGCAUCAACAGCAGCGUCAGCCACUACGCCAGCAUCUUCCCCACCAACAACGAGACGGUCUCUGUGGAUAUCUACCAAGGGGGCGUCAUCCUGGGCUGCUAUUUUGGGGCAGUGGCACUGUACAUCUGGGCCAUUGGGAUCCUGGCGGCGGGACAGAGCUCCACCAUGACCGGGACCUAUGCAGGGCAGUUCGUCAUGGAGGGCUUCCUGCAGCUCCGCUGGUCCCGCUUCACCCGAGUGCUCUUCACCCGCUCCUUUGCCAUCCUGCCCACUGUCUUUGUGGCCGCCUUCAGGGAUGUCAGCCACCUCACAGGCAUGAAUGACCUGCUCAACGUCCUGCAGAGCAUCCUGCUGCCCUUUGCUGUUCUGCCCGUCCUCACCUUCACCAGCCUGCGCCCGCUCAUGCAGGACUUCACCAAUGGCCUCCCAGGGAAGGUGCUGAUGACUCUCAUCACUGGGCUGGUCUGUGCCAUCAAUGUCUACUUCGUGGUGGACUUUCUGCCCACGCUGCAGGGCCUGGGCUACUACAUCCCCCUGAGCCUGCUAUUGGUCGCCUACGUGGUCUUCAUCACCUACCUGAUCUGGACAUGCAGUGUCGCACACGGAGCCCGGUUCCUGGCAGGGGGCCAUCAUGACCGGUUCAGCUUUGGCGUCUCCCUCGACUCACGGGCGCUGGCAGGGACCCAGUGACAGACCCCGAUCCCACCUGCCUCCCCAGCACAGUCCCCCCACACUGAUUUGAUGCCACACCAAGCCCCCGGUUGAUGUUCUGGCCGGACACGCACCCAUCAAGGAACUGGUUUAACAGCCGGGCAACCCUUCCCCCAAGUUUUUAGACUCCCCCUGCUCCCACCCCAAUUCAGGGUUGCUGGUCCAAGCUGGAUGCGGGAUGGGAAGGGUGCAGUGGGAAGCGCCCCCAGCCCUUGGAACAGAGGCUUCCGCGAAUGAGCCGCCCCGGCUCAUUAGUGCCGGGAACCGCCGGCCCCCGGGACCGCUAAUUACCGCCCGGGACCGCUAAUCGCCUCCCAGGACCGCUAAUCACCGCCCGGCACCGCUAACCAACCCUCACGGCCGGCGGACGGCAGGGCCAGACCGGGAGAGCCGAGGCCUCCAGUCCCACUGCCCAGUACCGGCCGCAGCCGCGGACCGGAGCCC